UUGUAGUGGAGAUGACGGCUAGCAAGAAGCAGCAGCGCUGGUAUUUGGGUGGGAUGGGGGCUUGUAUGGCUGUCCUCUUCACUCACCCGCUAGAUACUAUUAAAGUCCACCUCCAGACUCAACAAGGAAAAGAUCCAGUACACAGGGUGCUUGUGAAAACUCUGAAAACUAACGGGAUUAUGGGGAUAUACAGUGGUCUUUCAGCGUCAGUCCUAAGACAGGCUACUUACACCUCCGUGAGAUUUGGAGCGUAUGAAGUAGCACGUGCUCGACUAACCCCCGCCGACGGUACACCUUUACCCUUCACUACUAAGGUUAUGCUGGCUGCUGGGGGAGGAGCUAUAGGAAUUCUUGCGGGAAACCCUGCUGAUGUGGUUAACGUGAGAAUGCAGAAUGACAUGAGGUUGCCGGUUGCUAAGCGACUGGGCUACAGAAACGUAUUCCACGGACUAGCCACCAUAGUACGAUCCGAGGGAGUUCUGGCGUUGUACCGGGGUCUCCAGGCUAACAUUCCCCGCUCCAUCCUGAUAAACAUUGGUCAGGUGGCUUGCUACGACCAGGCGAAACAAGGUGUGCUCAGUUUGGGUAUUUUAGAAGAAGGUAUCCCACUUCACUUUCUAUCGAGCUUUAUCGCCGGUACCAUGGCAACCACUCUGACACAACCUGUGGAUGUUAUCAAAACCAGGCUUAUGCAGGGCACACAAUUUAACUCAAUAAAAGAGGUUAUCGUGGCAACCGCCAAAGAGGGCCCUCUUGCGUUCUAUAAAGGUUUCGUGCCCGCUUGGAUCAGACUCAGCCCUCAGACAAUUUUAACUUGGUUGUUUUUGGAACGCCUUAGAAUCAUUUUCCCUCCUAAGUAAUGCGCUAGUUAGUUGGUAUUGUGACAUGAGAAGGUUUAAAUAUUGAAGGGAAUGAACAAUGAACAAUGAACAGACACUGUUUUAAUCAAAGUUUUAAAUUUUUAUAAUCCGUUGAACGGUUCAGGAGGGGGAAGGUUACAUCCAUUUCGAGAAUUUCUUGUAGCUCGUUAAAAUUUAGUCAAAACUUCUGCAACCAUAGAGAUUUCCCUGGUUUUUUAUUGGAAACUGAUUAUUAAUUUAUAAUUAUAUAAUAAUCAUUAUAUAACAUAUAAUGAUAAUUAUAAUAUGAUAAUUAUAGUUAUGACUAAUGAGUAUGACUAUGUAUAACAUUUUAGAAAAUUAUCCAAUGAUUGAUGACGGCAUCUUUAUUACACAUUAAGCUACCAAACUUCUUAUUUUAUACACUUUUUUCAUUUUUUCGCGUCGUUAUCAAUUAUGAUUGGAUAUUAAUGAUGUUUUAAGUUAUUGCAGGUUGAUUAAAUAUGUUAAAUGUUUUGAAUUUCUCCACUAUGAUAUGACUGUAUGUACAUUUUAAUUCGUUAAACGAUUAAUUUAAGAA